AUGAUAAUUGGUUCUUUGAACAUUCGGGGAGGAGGAAACACUUCAAAAAGGAAGAGGAUUAGCUGUUGCAUUAAAUCAAGUAACACUAAUAUUUUCUUUAUUCAAGAGUCCAAAUUGAAAGUUGCAGAUCCUUCAGUCAUAGGUGGUAUAUGGUCUGGUCAAGAUAUUGAUUGGGCUUCCUGUAAUAUGUCGGGGUUGUCUGGAGGUUUGAUCAUUUUGUGGAAGAAGGAGGUUAUCAAUCCUUUGUUGUCUUUUAGAGGGGAUGGGUUCCUAGGAGUGAAAGUUCUUUGGAAAAGGAAUCUUUAUUAUAUGGUUAAUAUCUACUCGCCUUGUAGUAUUAAUCUCAAAAGAAAACUGUGGAAUGAUUUGGUAGUUCUGAAAGGAAAUCUGUCUGAUGGUCUUUGGGUUUUAGGAGGUGAUUUUAAUGUUGCCACCUCUUCUUCUAAGAGUAAGGGUAUUAAUGAUAAUUAUAGAAAGGUUGAGCAGAGGGAAUUUAGUGAGUUUAUCAAAGCUAUGGACUUGGUAGAUCUUCCUUAUUUUGGAAAUAAGUUUAGUUGGUACAGUGGUGAUGGAAAAGAUAUGAGCAUAAUCGAUCGCUUUCUGAUUUCUGAGGAAAUUUGUAAUAAUUGGGGAGUUGUUGGUCAAACCAUUUGA